AUGGCUAAUUGGUUUGAAAAGGCAAAAGAAAUUCUUGAAAAUAAAGAAAAUGAAAAAAAUGACAAAUUCACUAUUCUUUUUGAAGACUUCUUUGAUGUCCUCAUGGUAAAAUGCAAAUACUUGAAAAUUUUAUAUGGAGAACAUGCACUCUUGCGCUGAUAAGAGAAUAAUUUUAUAUUCAGCAGGAGGCAGUAAGAAAAUUGAAUACAAUGCUUGAUGCUAUGCCUCGAGAUACAAGAAAGAAAAUUAUUUCUACGAAAGAAAUACUACAUGCCAUGAAUGAUAUGGGGAAGAGAAUUUUGGAUGCUGGGGACUAUGAUCUGCAAGUUGCCAUUACUGAAGCUUUAUGCCGAAUGACAUCAGAAAAACAAAGGGAAGAACUUGCAAGCCAGUGGUUUCCAAUGGAGUUUGUUACUAAUGCAUUUAAAGGAAUCAAAGAUAUUGAGUUUGAAACAGAUUGCAGAAAGUUCCUCAAUCAAGUGAAUGGCAUGCUUGGGGACAAAAGAAGAGUAUUUACCUAUCCUUGUCUAUCAGCUAUUCUGGAUAAACAUGAGCUACAGAUACCAGCAGAUGACAAUCUUGAAGAAUUUUGGAUUGAUUUUAAUACUGGGAGCAGAAGUAUAUCUUUCUACGUUGCUGCAGAUGACGAAGGUCAUCAGUGGGAAACUGUGUGCAUACCUGAAGAAGAAGUUGCAACAUACAUUAUUGAAGAAAAAGACAAAAGUAAGUUGUUAACAAUACAUCUAUGCAAUCCGAUGUCUGUGGGUGUUCAAGAAGGGGAGAAAAUAAUACUGCAUUUUGAUUCUGCUUUGGAAAUUUUGGAUGCAGUAAGAAAAGUCUAUGGUGCAACUAAGUGUCAGGGUUUUACAAAGAAGAAUACCAUAUCAGUUGCCAAAACAACAGUGCAUGUAAUUUUUGAUGAAAGUGGAUCACAGGUUUUUGUACCAGAGAGUCAGAUGUCACCUUUGAAAGAAAAGGUUGUUGGGAAAGGUAAUGACUCUGUACAUCAGUAUUCUGGGAUACAGGCAGAUCUUAUUCAAAAAGCUAAUAAGGAAGAUUUCCAACCAGUUCAAUCCAAGAUUACUCCAAGUAAAAGGAAAAUGUCUGAGGCAUCAAUGAUUGUACCAUCCACAUCCAGAUUGUAUAUGCAGAGCCCUUUACCAUUGGUUAAUACUUCAACUCCACGAAAAUGCCGAAUUAAAACACCUCUUCAGAUGAUGAGUUCUGUGGAAAGCAAUGAUAUUUUCUCAGUACCUGAGAGAAGAAUAAUGAAUUUUGGUCCAGAGGAUAAUGUUCCUAUAUGUUCUACAACUAAAUCUCUUAAAAAGAAUAGUUCUGUAGAAAAGCAAGUUCAAGUUGAAAAAGUAAUCAACAUGCGCCACAGUGAGGAAGAUAUGGAUACCAAGAAAAAACAACAAAUAGCUGAAUUAAUAGAUAUUGUUCCUGAUUCUCCGCCAGUAAACAAAAAUUGCAAACAGUUAUUACCUGGCAUGGAGGAAAAUUCUGUUUCUGAAAUUAAAACCCAGAAACGACAGAUGUGUUCAGUACCGGAGACAAUAAUAUCACAUUGUAACAAGCACAAUAUAAGUGCACAAGAAACUUCUAAUCUAAGUGAUAGAGUUGCCAAGCAAAAGGCUUUCUCUUCCAUAUUUGAAAUGAGUUCUGCAGAGGUGAAAAGCAAACUGCAUUGCAGUGGAGGAAUUGUGGAACAACAGCACAAUGAAACCAAUACAAUACCAGUAAAAAAUGGCAAGAUAUACAGCACAGAGCUGCAAAAUAGUUUUAACCCUUUGGAUCAGAAAAUAUCAAAAAGUAGCAGAAAGAAUCUUGUUUCCAGUAAACCUGAAGUAUCUGUUCAUACCACCCAAAUGAAUGACAGUUCUCUCAUACCUUUAGGAUAUCCAAAAUCAGCGACUGCAACCAGUGAUGAUGCUGAAUUUGAUGUAUAUUCUAGGGAAAAAACAGCUAAUAAGAAAACUAAUCCGAAAGCAAAAUCAAAAGCAGGGGUUGAAGCAGCAGAAUUGUUAAUAAGUAAUAUCAGUGACAGAUACAAAGAAAAGGAUUUGGCAAAAAGUACAAGAGAACUAAACCAGUCAUUUUCAAAGAAGAGCACAUCUUUAAAUAAAUCUGGUUUCAGUGUUUGUAAGCUUGCUAGCCUCCCAUUUGUCUAA